AUUAUAAAGUUUUUUUUUGUAGCAACACUUUUUUCUAUAGUCUUUGAAUCGAUAAGCUUAGUCGAAUUACGUACUUAAAUUUAGCAAAUACUGCUAGACAAGUCAAGUAUUAACUAAUACGAUCAAAGAAUAGUAAAAAAAUCAUAAUGCAGGGCCUAAGUUUUCAAAGCUUAAAGAAACACAAAGCUUUGAUUCCUCUUUACGUUUGCGUGGGACUGGGGUGUAGUGCUUCGGUGUUCUAUUUGGCACGCCUGGCGCUGCGCUCACCCGACGUUUCAUGGAACAAACGUACUAACCCCGAACCCUGGCAGGAGUAUAGAAACAAGCAAUACAAGUUCUAUUCGCCCAUCAGAGACUACUCAAAGGAGGAGUCACCUGCACCCAAAUACUAAACUCGUUUUUUUCCACAAAAACGCCAUGUUAUAAAUUAGAAAAUUUAAUUUAAUAAAUAGUGGUAUGUGAUAUUUAA